AUUUGGCUCCUAAAAAAUUACCUCUUGCCCUAAGGAGGGAGAUGAAAUAGGGUCUCUGAGUUACUUCUACCUGUGGGAGGAGUCUUCGGAUUGGGGAAUUAUCUUUGGGCCUCUAGUUAGGAUAUCCAGGGUUUUGGCAGUGAGGAAUUGGGGCAGCCAGGGCUCUGAACACUGAUGGCCUGCUCUUCACCCACAGCCUCUUCUCCGGAUUGCAUCAGCUCAGUUAUCAGUUUUCCCACUCACAGGAUGGAACUGCAGGAUAUCAAGAUGAACGGAACCCGGCCUGGGGGUGCUGUGGGGCAAGAGCACGAGGGCUUCCUGCCCCACGGGACUCCUGCCCCUUCAAGGAAGCCGGCCCAAUUCAUGGAUUCAGAGGGGAAGACGUCAUUCGGAAUGUCAGUGUUCAACCUCAGCAAUGCCAUCAUGGGCAGUGGGAUCCUGGGGCUGGCCUAUGCCAUGGCCCACACGGGGGUCCUCUUCUUCUUGGCCCUGCUGCUAUGCAUCGCACUUCUUUCUUCAUACUCCAUCCAUCUGCUGCUGACCUGUGCUGAUGUUGUAGGCAUCCGAGCCUACGAGCAGCUGGGACACAGGGCAUUCGGGGCUGCAGGCAAGGCUGUGGUGGCUGCUGUCAUCUGUCUACACAAUAUUGGAGCCAUGUCCAGUUACCUGUUCAUCAUCAAAUCUGAACUCCCCCUGGUUAUCAGCACCUUCCUGGAGAUAGAACCUGAGAGGGACUGGUACUGCAAGGGAAACCUCUUCAUCAUCAUCGUCAGUGUGGUCAUCAUCCUUCCCCUGUCUCUCAUGAGACACUUAGGCUACCUGGGAUAUAGCAGUGGUCUCUCCCUGGUCUGCAUGCUGUUUUUCCUCAUUUCGGUCAUCUAUAAGAAGUUUGAACUUGGCUGUGUGGUGGGCCACAAUGAGACCGCAGUGGACUAUCUCACUCAGGGCUUUAAUAAAAGCUGUGAGGCCCAGAUGUUCACAAUUGACUCACAGAUGUCUUACACAGUGCCCAUCAUGGCUUUUGCCUUCGUCUGCCACCCCGAGGUGCUGCCUAUCUACACGGAACUCUGUCGGCCCUCCCAGCGCCGGAUGCAGGCUGUGGCCAACGUGUCAAUCGGAGCCAUGUUCUGUAUGUAUGGGCUCACCGCAACCUUUGGAUACCUCACCUUCUACAAAAGCGUCGAGCCAGAGAUGCUGCACAGAUACAGCCCAAAUGACCUGCUCAUCCUCUGUGUGCGCCUGGCCGUCCUGCUCGCGGUGACACUCACUGUGCCAGUCGUGCUGUUCCCUAUCCGCCGGGCCCUGCAGCAGCUGCUCUUUCCAAGCAAGGCUUUCAGCUGGAUACGGCACGUGGCCAUCGCUGUGGUCCUGCUUAUCUUGGUCAACGUCCUUGUCAUCUGUGUGCCAAACAUCCGGGUUAUCUUUGGGGUUAUUGGGUCCACUUCAGCCCCUAGCCUCAUCUUCAUCCUUCCCAGCAUCUUCUACCUCCGUAUCGUACCCCCAGAGGUGGAGCGCCUCUGCUCCUGGUCUAAGAUCCAGGCCCUUUGUUUUGGUGUUGUGGGAGUCCUCUUCAUGCUGAUCAGUUUGGGAUUUAUGUUUGCUAACUGGGCCACAGGUCAGAGCCAUGUGUCUGGACACUGACCGCGCCCUGCCUUGCCUCGCUUUGCCUGGCCCUGCGCUGCCAAAUGGAAUGCUUUCCCAGCUUCUUCCUGCCUGGCGUUUGGGAGUGGCUGCUGGAAGUGAUGGGCCACAAAAGCUUCAAAGUGGCCCAUUUCCAUCCCCUCUGGGGAGUACGGCCUUAAUUCCAACUCCACGGGAGGAGAGGCCUGGUCCCUGGAACUCCCUUGCUAGCUAGCCCAGACUAUGUGCCUCUUCUGGCAGCAGCUGUCAGUCACCUUUGAGCUAAAAUGGAAAAAUAAAAAUGAUGAAAUUCUAA